GUAACUGGAAAUUACGUGCAGAGUCUCGACGAGAAAGGGUCGUUGGGUUCGUCAACUAAACCGUAGGGAGAUUUAUUCCAUAUUGUUACAUAGACGGGACGGAUUAGACAACAGAGAAUAAGCCAAAGGGAACUCAACCUGCAAGGAUGAGGUAAAAACGGAGCUGCGGCAAGUAAUCGCACACACAACAAAGCUGGAAAUGGUGGGGAACAGAGUGAUUAUGACUAAGCAAGAAAAACUGCUUUAUUUUUAGGAAAAAACAAAAGGAUACUGCAGAUACUCCAACCCACGCCUAAUCAAGAAUUGCUCAGAAUGGAUGUACAAGAAAAUCCUUAUGUGUGCAAUGUAUGUGGGAAAAGUUACCGCAUGCUAGGAACCCUUCGAGCACAUCAGCGUGCUCACAGAGUCAAGGUACCGUUCUAUUGCUCAGAUUGUGGUAAAAGUUUUAGGGACACUGCUAAACUUAAAAUUCAUCGGAGAAUUCACACAGGAGAAGCACCUUAUCAUUGCAAUGAAUGUGGAAAGAAUUUCAAAGAAUCAGGAACUCUGACUAAACAUCGAAGGGUCCAUACAGGAGAGACUCCAUAUCAGUGCACUGUUUGUCAGAAGACUUUCAGCAUAUUGGGAACCCUGAAAAGGCAUCAGCGCAUUCAUACAGGAGAAGUUCCUUAUCACUGUAGUGAAUGUGGCAGAGGUUUUAGGGACUCGGGCAGCUUGAAAACACAUGAGAGAGUACAUACAGGGGAGACACCGUACCACUGUACUGUAUGUGACAAGAGUUUCAGUCAGUUAGGAACACUUAAAAAACAUCAGCGCGUUCAUACAGGGGAAACACCAUACCAUUGUACUGUUUGCGGAAAAACCUUUAGCAUUUCUGAAACGCUUAAAAGACAUCAACGCAUUCACACUGGGGAGACCCCAUAUCACUGUUCAGUAUGUGGAAGAGGCUUUAGGGAGUCAGGGAGUCUUAAAAAACAUCAGCGCAUUCAUACUGGUGAAAGUCCUUAUCACUGCACUGAAUGUGGUAAGAGUUUCAAAGAAUCUGGAAAGCUUAAAAUUCAUCAAAGAACCCACACCGGAGAGACCCCUUACCACUGCAUUGUGUGUGGGAAGAAUUUCAGUCUUUCAGGAACUUUGAAGAUACAUCAGCGUACUCAUACAGGAGAAACCCCCUAUCACUGCUCUGAGUGCACUAAAAGUUUCAGCAGGGUGGGGGCCCUUAAAAAACACCAAAGAAUUCACACUGGAGAAACCCCUUAUCUUUGCACAGUGUGUGGAAAAGGCUUCCGUGAAUCGGGAAGUCUAAAAAGACAUCAGCGCAUUCAUACUGGAGAAACUCCGUAUCACUGUACAGUGUGUGGGAAGAACUUUAGUGAGCUAGGCAACCUGAAAAAGCACCAGAGAAUUCACACUGGUGAAACUCCGUAUCACUGUGCUAAGUGUGGGAGGAGCUUUGUCUACUCUGGACAGUUGAAGACUCAUGCAUGUAAGGUGGAAAAUUAGGAGUACCUUAGCUAAAAAAAUAAGCUAUUACGUAGAUUGUCAAAUAAUUAAAUGUAGUUUGCAUUUUCUUGUGCUAGUUGGGUAUUUUUAAUGACAAUGUACAAUGUAAUGUUUGCUAUACUUAUUCGAAAUAAGAGUAUUUUUUCACUUUUUAGAACCGAUUAUAUCUGAGGAAAAAAUGUAAUGUCAAAGCAAUAGUGCCAAAAAGUUGUCUUUUUAAAAUAGGCCUUCAUAAUGGUGUUCUUUAGCUUUAAUAUUUCAUAAUGUUCAUUUUUAAAGCAAAAGAAAACAGAGAAACUCGGAUUAUAAUUACCCAAGAUUGAUAAACUACUAUGCUUUUUUUAAUAUUUUUGAAAUGGAACAAUCUACAAUAAAGUUACAAGCGCUUCUGGUCACUUUAUGCUUAUAAACAAAAUGUUACAGAAGUGGAAAAAUGUUAUUUAAUGAAUGUUAUAAAUGUUUUAUUUCAACAAUCUCUCAGCAAAGAAUCAACAUUCAAUUUAAAGUAAUAGCAGAACUUCCCAGCAGUAGAUAAGGUGUCAAUGAUGAUAAUAUCUAAACAGUACUUGGAGUUUUAAUAUCAGUGUAGCAUUUUGACAGAUUGGUUAAUUUGACUUGACAUGUAAUUUUAAGACCAUCUGUACCUUGUCACAAAUCAGAAGUUGAGUCUGUUGAUCAAUAUAUUUAUUUAUCUGUGACUAUCGAUCAGGUGCACUGCGCUGGACUAGCACUAGUCAACUGAUUCUAACUUAAAUGUGUCCAAGUGCCAUAGUGUUCUUUGAUAGAUCCAAAGUAUUGCAUGACAGCUGUAAAGUGACCAUACUCUUUAAUUUCCAGAAAAAAACAGCAAUUUAUUUUGUCUUACAAAAAGAAAGAGUACAUGCCUAGUUACUUCCAUUCCUUUGUCCAAAACAACAACAAUCCUGAAAGUAUUUCUUUAGCACCAUAGUAAGUGCAUGCAUUGACUGGUGGCCAGACAGUCAAGGCUACAACAUAACGUUUUUCAAGAAUAUAUGUUUGAAAAAGUGAUUGCUAAGUGGGUAUGUUGUGUUGCUGAAAAUCGAUUGUUUGAACCGUGAUGCUGUCCACAUGCCUUGAGACCAGGGGUACUCACUCACGGUCCUGGAUGUCUGCAAUGACUAUAGGUUUUCAUUUUCACCAGUUUCUUAAUUAGAACCCAUUUAUUUACAGAGAAAGCAAUAUUAUUUUGGGCUUAGUUUUAGUUAUCCCACUUGUUACAAUUCAGAGCCCUUGAUUGAGUAUUUUAGUUUUAAACUGUUGCAUCUAGGCUUAUUUUCUUAACCUGUCAUUAGUUCAUGAUGAAGCACAAAUGACAAAGUAACCACAUCCUCUUCAGAUAGCAUGCUUUAAUUUAAAUCUGUAUACAUGCAUCAUUAAGUAUAUUAAUAUAAUAUUUUGAAAUAAAUGAGAGAGAACCAUGAAACAUAUGGGUAAAGUCCUCAGAAAACAUAAAAUGUACAAUUUUUGUCUUGUUAGAAUGAAAGCACUAACAAGGCAUAUAAAUUAGCAUCACGUUUCAUUAUCUGUUAGGCCUGUCUUCUGAUUAUGAAACUGGUUGCAAUGAAAACCUGCAGACCUCCAGGGCCAUAAUUGAACACUAAUCUUUUUUUUUUUAAAGAUUGGAAGAAAUUCAGUAUUUAACACAUGCUUGCAGAGGCGUUUCUAAAGCCUGUAAUAUUUAAUAAGGAUGUAUAAAAAAUAUUAAAAUAAUACGAAUGUUGGAUUCCUGUGUUUUUUUUUCUGCAGUAAGCAGAAGCCUGACUCUUUUAUAGUUGCAAAACCUGCAAUGUUUUACAAGAUUAAGAUUGAUCUAACUGGUGAUAUCCAUGGAUGUAAUGUUGUAAACACUAUAUAAUAAUGAUUGAUAUCUGGAAAAAGAGACAAUUUGUUUUAACUUACAGUUAAUUGUGUAUAACAUGUAAGGUGUCAUUGAUGCCUUAUUUCAGGCUGAAUAUGUAUUUUUACAAGGUAUUUGGUAUGGAUAUUGCAAUUAAAAUCUGUUAGUUUACACGAGAAAAUGAUUGAGCCCUUCCCAAAAAAAACUGCUUACAUGAAUUUUAUGUAACUAAUUAAAGGGGGUCUAAGUAAAGAGUUUAGCUUCAAAUUAUGAUUAAGAUUAAGUUUACUGGGGUUAUUUUUUACUUAGUUGUAGUGUGAUAUACCAGAUUAAAUGGAAUUUAAGCAUGAGGCUAUUAGCAGCAGCUUCUGUAGGCCACAUGAAUGCAAAAAGAGCUUGAGUUGAAACUAGGAUGGUACUAUUGACUGUAUCUUCUAAUCUUAGUGAAUGAACAUUUACAUUUUGUAAAACUGGGUAUAAAGUUUAGGUGUUGUUGGAAGAAAUUGUGACUGAGGAUGAUGUAAAACAGGAUUUUGUGGUCUAAAGGUUCUUAAUCGCUUUUUUACCCACGAGGUGUUAUAAAAGAGAGAGAACCAGUAAAGCAAGGGCAUUGAGUACAUUUCUGCUGUUACAUGUUGCUCCUGGCACACAUUUUUAGGAGCAAUAGCAGCAUCUUAUGAGUGUGAAGGAGGGAGAUGGAAUCACUUAAAGCAUCACUUAGUCUGCAGUUUGUAAAGAGCUACUGCACAUGUUCCAAUGGGACUGUUUUCUUAUUCUUGUUCUUUUAAAUAAAGCAAAAGCUAGGUGGUUCAUUUGAAACAUUUUCA